AGCUUUGGUGUAUAUUUGUCGCCAGCUCGUUGGCUUUGUUUGGACGUUAGAUUUGAGCGGUGUUUAUCCCUGGUCAGCUCUGGUCUGAGGACAGUCGUGGACACUGAGUGGACAAAAUGGCAGAUAACACAACCAGGUCUCCGGCCAUUCAUUUCCACUUCCGUGAUACUUUCCCAGGCGAUAUUCUCUUGCAGGACGUCUAUGUUCCGGAUGACGGUGCACAAGCCAACACCUACUACUGUGCUCUACAGUGGAACAGCCUUGGGGACGGCCAAGGCUACCUAGGGAUCCAGGACCAUGGCAACGGCGACAAGUCCUACAUCUACUCCAUCUGGGACCCUAAGGACACCUCCCUCCCUGCCAGCACUGCGUCCUACACGGGUCUCUGGACGAAGGUGUCCUACUUCGGGACCGAGGGGAAGGGGAUCCACAUGGGCAACCACUCCCUGGGGUGGGCGCCCAACUACUGGUACACCCUGGCCAACAGAGUGUGGCAACAUGGGGGGCACACACGUUUUGGAUUUUGGGCCCACAAUCAAGCAUCGAAGGUGUGGACCCAUUUGGUCACAUUCGACUAUCCAGUGAAGGACAUUACCUUCCGAACCACCACCGACAGCUUCCUGGAGAAUUUCUUUGGAACUGGGAGACCCGACCGGAAGUUCCACCUCGGCCACGGCUACAAGCGAGGGACAGACAAAACAUGGCGCCCGCUGGACACUGCCCAUCUACACGUCAACCAGGGCGACCGGGUCAAGGACUGGGAAAACAACUACAACGCCGGCGUCGGCUACGGCUACUUCUACAUGGAAACUGGGGAAAACAUCCAUCCAGCCGCCGGAUUGGGAACCGAAGCAGAUUUCAAGAUCACUCUCCCGCCAGCUCCGUUAAAACCAGCUGUAGAGUUUGAGAUCACGGAGGCGAAGUCGCACAUUGUGCAGUGGAAGGUGCCGGAGUCGUCCACGCCGCAGUUUCGGUACACCGUGGAACUGAACGGACAGCAGCUGAUAGACGAGAUUGAACCGGAAGUACGGUCUUUCCCACUGAGCGUCAGUAACCCUGGUCAAGAGGUCAAGGUCACCAUUGAAGAUCUCCUUGGUAACGUUGUGACUAAAACUGCCAAGAUAGUCGACUGAAGUCACUUUAUUUUGUCCAAGAAAAUAUCAGUUUGGAUAACCAACGUAAAACUAUAUGACAUUAUUCCAAAGUUUUACCUAAUCAGAAGGUACAUUUCAAAUCCAGCAGUAUAAAACACAAUCUGAUUUGGAUCUCUCUUACUUAUUUAUCUAUGACAAGAACAAAAUUCAAUAUAAAGCAUAAAACAUACCAGUUGUAAAUGCAUAUAUCCGUAGCCAUGGUAAAAAAGUGUGAAGCAGUUCUUUGCAAAGUAAAAAUGUUUCAUUGUCGUCAGCGUUUAAAGUUCCCGCCUGCCCGACCGUCCGGAACGGUCUAUUUUCAUCUUGGACGGUCAAAUUUCAAAAGUAGCCUGUCCGGUGGUCUGGUAGAUAUUUUU